UUGCCCCUUUAUGUUUACGCAAUGGCUAGACUCUGAUUUGAUGCUUUGUAGCGGUUCAGACACCUCUCACAUAAUCAAAACAACGUUACGAAGCGUCUACGAUAAAGGAAAGAUUUCAAACAUCAUGCCUGUGGCAGCCACCGGCACAGAGCAUGCAGUGCCGCAGGUGCUGGACAUACUGAGUGACAGCACCAGCUCCGCCACCGCCAAUGACCUGGAUCUUAUCUUCCUCAAGGGCAUCAUGGAGAGCCCAGUGAGUGCAGAGAGUCUGGAGGAGACACGACUGGAGGCUGUGAGGGAUAAUAAUGUGGAGCUGGUGCAGGACAUCCUGAGAGAGCUGAGCCCCUUUACACACCGCAGCAACACCGCCGCAGAGCUGUCACGCAUACUCAACCAGCCACACUUCCAGUCUCUGUUGGAGACACAUGACUCUGUGGCCACUCAGACGUGUGAGACUCCGCCCUCGAGCCCCUGUGCUUUCAUGGAGCCGCCCGUCAACAGUGUACCGGUGCCAGCUGAUGCCAUCCGCAUGGUGGGCAUCCGCAAAGUGGCUGGAGAGCAUUUGGGUGUGACGUUCCGUAUAGAGAACGGAGAGCUGGUGAUCGCCCGCAUUCUCCACGGGGGGAUGAUCGACCAGCAGGGUCUGCUCCACGUGGGUGACAUCAUCAAAGAGGUGAACGGGCGAGAGGUGGGUGACGACCCUCGUGUGCUGCAGGAGAUGCUGCAGGAGACCAGUGGCAGUGUGGUGCUCAAAAUCCUUCCCAGCUACCAGGAGCCAUAUCCCCCGAGACAGGUUUUUGUGAAGUGCCAUUUUGAUUAUGACCCUGCCGAUGACAACCUCAUCCCUUGCAAGGAGGCGGGACUAAAGGUCUCAUGUGGAGACAUUCUGCAGAUUGUUAACCAGGAAGAUGUGAACUGGUGGCAGGCACGUCGUGUAGAGGGAGGCAGUGCUGGCCUGAUUCCCAGUCAACUUCUGGAGGAGAAGAGGAAAGCUUUUGUGAAGAAAGAAGUUGACCUUUCACCAGCAGCCAAUCUCUGCACUGGAAUGGUUGGCAAGAAGAAGAAGAAAAUGAUGUAUUUAACUACAAAAAAUCUGUCCAAAGACACCUCUAGGAAGCCCAAAUCAGCAGAUAGAGAGAAUAUGAUGUAUGCCUUCACAUCCCGGAGUAAGAUGGAGGCUGAUAUUAAAGCUGGCCGCUAUCUUGAACAUGGUGAAUAUGAUGGUAACCUCUAUGGCACCAAGACUGACUCCAUCCAUGAAGUAGUGGAAGCUGGACGCAUCUGUAUCCUGGACGUCAACCCACAGGCCCUAAAAGUCCUCAGGACAUCAGAGUUUUUGCCGUAUGUGGUGUUCAUCAAAGCCCCUGAGUUUGAGGUGCUGAAGGCCAUGAACAGAUCUGGACUGGAGGCAGGAGUGACCAAACAGAAAACAGACACAGAGCUGAAGAGGUCAGUGGAUGAGUGUGCCAAGAUUCAGAGAGUGUACGGACACUACUUCGACCUCACCAUAGUAAACGACGAUUUGGAACAGGCGUACAGCAACCUCAAAUCCUCCUUAGAGACGUUAAAGGGAGCUCAGCAGUGGGUUCCGGUUGGGUGGGUCUUUUAGAGCUCAGUGUGGCAACUAGUGGAUGUUUCAUGCGACACUUUAUACCAGUGUUAACUGGUUUAUAUCAUCAACCUCGUGCCAAGGGUGUACGCUGAUCAGAGAGCUUAUAUGAGUGCAUGUGUGAGUGUGUGAAAUCCUCGUCUAUUAUCCUUUACAAACACGGCUACACCCUCAGAACCAAGCUUAUAGCUGACUCUUGUGUCAGAGUUUAGCUACAGUCUCAUCUUUUUGUUUACAGUAAGCAUUCAAGUUUCAGUUUAGAUGCAUUUUUGAAAUUUGAGAUUAUUUUUUGAAUCGUUUAAGCAAAAUAUCGGAACAUCCUUAAGUUAAAAAGAAUAAUCUAUUAAGGAAAAAGAUCCAUUUAUUUCAGUAACUAAACUGUGUAAGACAAGACUAUAUUUUGUAGAAUAUAUCUUGAAUUAAAAAUUACUAUUGGUAAAUAGUUUUUUGUAGUUGUUAAUUUAAAUGUAAGCUUUUCAAACUGUUGUUAGAUUUAGGGUAAAAAAACAAACAAAAAACUAUUUAACAAAGUUAAAGUCAAUAUAUACUUAACUGUUCAAAA